GCAGAUGCUCCAGCGGCUUCAAAAAGACAAGGCGAGAGUUGCUCACUUCAGAGAGCCUAGUGGAGAAGAAGCCUCUGGGGCUGGUUCUCUGCGGCCUCUGCUUGCUUCGUCGACCAAGCGAUUCAUCCUAGUCUUCAGAUCUUGUUUUGGGUUCAAGAAGUGGUGGGAGAUAGCUGUAGAGGAGGAGGCGGCGGCACUUCGGCGGAACAAAGCUAUUCAGGAUUGCAGCAUCAUACGACCUCAAUUAUGAUCAAUUUUGUCUGAGAAAGAUUUCCUGCAAUAAAAAUAGCAAAGCUUGUGGAUACAAGAACAUCAUUAUGACAAAGAAACACAAAAUUAGGAAGUCCAAGCAUCUUUUGGAGAGCAAAAAGGAUGUUGAUGAGAAUGUGGAGAACAUUUUGCGAAUGAUAGGAGAAGAGAACGAGCAAAUUGAGAAUGAACAAGAUGAUUAUGGAAAUCCUGUCAAGAAAUCAAAGCUGUCUUCCCUUGUGAAGGGCUUCCAUGAGGACUAUCAAUACCUUCACAAGCACUACAAACAACUAGUUAGCAAACUAGAAAAUGUUGGCCACCGUUCCUCUGGUUCAGAUUCAUCUGAUUCAGACGCAGAAGGAGACAGCUCAGACAAUGAUGUCACUGCACCAAAAGUAGCAGUGAAUGAAGAAAACGGACUAAACCAUAAGCCUACUAAGCAUAAUAACAUGGAAGCAGAGAUUGAGAAGCUGAAACAAAGUACAGAAGAACAGGCCAAGGAAAUAUCUGAUCUGAAGCAGCUAAUUGAUAAAGCAAUCAAGGAUAAAGAAGCUACAAGUUCAGAGAUUGCAAAUUUGUCAUCUGAGUAUGAAAAUCUGAAAUUGUUAGUUGAAACUGCAAAGAGGGAGGAAGGAGAAUUGCUUAACACCUUAAAAUCCAAGGAGACCGAGGUCACAACAUUGUCUGGUGAGAAGCAGAUUAUUGAAGAAGAGAGAGAUAACCUGAAGAUGUUAAUUGUAGACAUCGAGAAGGAGAAGGAAGAUAUGAGGAAUCAGCUGAAAGAUACAAUGGACAAAUGCAACCUCCUAUCAUCAGAAGUUGAGAAGGCCCAACAGGCUGAGAAAGAAGUGCAUGCCUUGUUGGAAGAAAACCAGAAGCUGAAGAAUGAUAACUUGAUGCUGUUGGUUGAGCAUGAUAACCUGAAAGCACUUCAUCAGAAUUUAGAUGUUGAGUGCUUUCAACUGAAGGCAGCCAUUGCAGAAAUCACCGCUGAAAAUGAAUCCUUGAUCACAGAAAAUCAUUCAGCUGAAAGAAAACUCCAGCAACUGGGGUUGGAGAUAGAUGGCCUGAAAGUCGAGGCCGCAGAGUUAAUGAACAAUCUAGACAAGGAGCGUAAUAAUGCAGCAGAAGAAAAAGAAAGACUAGUAUCAGAAAAUUCCAUAUACUUGAAUGAGAUAGAGAAGGCACAGUCUAGUAUUAAAGAUCUAGAAAAGGAACUGGAAUCAACAAGAAAUGUUAUGAAUAGUAAUAUGGCCGAGCUACAGGAGGAGAAGGAUUCGGCCAUGUCAGAGGUAGAGCAGCUAGAGGCUUCUUUGAUGAAUCUUAAGACUGAGCUAGCACAACAACUUGAGAGGAUUUCAGAUAUGCAGAAGACUACUGAAGAACUGGAGCUGGCAAAUUCUAACAUGCAUAAUGAAAUUGUAGAAGUAAAAGGACAAAAAAAUGAAGCUGCUGCUUCUGUUAUUAAUCUUGAAAGCAAUUUAGAACAACAAGUUGAACAAAUUUCUGUUCUGCAGCUUUCUAAUGAAGACCUACAAAAUAGUAACUCCAACCUGAAGAUGCAACUGGAAGAGGCGAAGGUUAGUCACCAUGCUGAAAUUUUAGCAUUACAAGAUGAAAGGAACAAAAUAAUUUCAGAUCUGCAGCAGUCUGAGGCUUCUAUCAAGAAUCUUAGAAUUGAAUUGGAGCAAGGAAAAGAGCAAAUCUCAAAAAUGAAUCUAGCUAAUGAAGAUCUGAAGAACAACAUUGCUAUAUUGGACAAGCAAUUGGAGGAGGUCAGGAGCAGUUUGCAUGCUGAAAUUGCACAACUACAAGCAGAGAAGGGCAUAGUUCUAUCAGAGUUACAGGUGUCUCAGGCUUCUGUCAGAAACUUGGAGAGUGUGCUAAAAAAGCAAAGUGAGAAGAUUUCAACUCUGGAUCAAGCUAAUGAUCAGUUACAGAAAAACAUAUGUACCUUGACUGAGCAAUCAGAACAAACCAAGGCUGAGCUGCAGAAGGAGGUUGAGGCAACACAAGAAGAGAAGGAUACAACACUAACACAACUAAAGCAGUCACAGACUUCAGUACAAAAUCUUGAGAAUGAGGUGACACGACUGAAAGAGGAUCUUUCAGUUCAGCUAGAAAGCAAUUCCACCUUGGACAAGCAGUUGGAAGAAGUCAGGAGCAGUACGCAUGCUGAAAUUGCAGAACUACGUGCAGAGAAGGACGCAACGCUAUUGGAGUUACAGACGUCUCAGGCUUCUGUCAGAAAUCUUGAGAUUGCCCUUCAAACCCAAAACGAGAACAUUUCAACUCUACAGCAAGCUAAUGAUGAGUCACAGAAGAUCAUUUGUACUUUGACCGAGCAAUCAGAACAAGCCAAGGCUGAGCUGCAGCAGGAGGUUAAGGCUACACAAGAAGAGAAGGAUGCAGUGCUAACAAAGCUGAAGCAAUCAGAGGAUUCAGUACAAAAUCUUGCGAAUGAGGUGACACAGCUGAAAGAUGAACUUUCAGUUCAGCUGGAAAAUAAUUCUACCUUGGAAAAGCAGUUGGAAGAGGCAAUACUAAAAGUAUCUAACCUACAUGAGAAUCUCGAGAAGGCUCAGGCUGAAGCAGCUUGUCAAAUUGAUGACAUGAGUACAAAAACAAAAGAUCUGGAGAAGACAAUCGCUCUAUUGUCUUAUCAAAAGACCAAGUUGGAGGAGGAUCUAAAAAUUAUGAUUGAAGCAUGCACAGUAAACAUGUCAUUUAUGACGGAAUUUGAAGAUAGAGUUACACAAAAAAAUUCAGAUCAUGAGGCUGGACUUGUGGUUCUCCGCCAGAGCCUGAAAGGGGUUGCUAGCAGCUGUCAGAGGCUUCAGUAUGCAUAUGAUGAGGUGUCCUCGAGGGUCUCCCAGCUCGAGAUACUUAAGAGGCUUCAGAUUGAGCAGAUAGGUCAACUAGAGGAGAAACACACAGAAACUUUGGAGAAACAUCGACUUCUGGAAGAGGAAAAUUUAUCUGCAAAUAAGGAGAACACAAAGCUACAAAAGGAUGUCCAAGACCUUGAAGUUCAACUCCAGCUAGCCAAGCAGAAGCUUAAAGUUACCGAGGCAGAAAGCAAAUGCAAAGAAGACAGCUACGCAAUGGCAGUGGAGACAUCACAGGCAGAGAUCCAUCAUCUUGAACAACUGGUAAAACAAUUUUCUGGGAGAGUCAACUUGCUGGAAGAAACUCUCAUGCAAGUAAAAGGACAUGCCGAAUCAGGGGUCUCUGAAUUGGCUGACAAAUUGGACGAGCUAGAACCACUCUUGUGUCAGAGUUUUGCACUCUUCGUUGAUCGUUCAUCUGCAUGUGGUGAAGAGCUUAAUGUCCUGAGGAAGAAGCUACAUGAUCAUCUUGAUGAACAGAAGGAGCUUGUCAAGGAGAAUGAUGAGAUGGCUGUCAGGUUGAGAGAGAAAGAAAAAUUGGUGUCAGAAAUGGUGAAGAACACAGCUGAUGCAGAAGCGAAGAUGGUCCAGCUCGAGAAGACGGUGGCAGAGAAAGAAGAAGAGCUAGCAGCUAGAGUGCAGGAGAAGAGAGAAGCCAUUAAGCAGCUGAGCGACGCGAUUGUUUACCACAAGAACUAUAGCGAUGAUCUGGUGCGCUACAUCCGCAGUCACAAUCGCCCUCGCCUCCCAUUCUGUCUGUAAAUCUGGAUAUCAGUAAACGAUGUAAAGGCUUCAUUCUAGCUGCGAAUUUUUGCAGAAAGGAUAACACUGCAAUUGUUUCUUAUGUAUCAUAAAUAGGGCUGAAAUACUUUCUGGAAGUAGCCAUACUGAGUGGCUUGUGCAUUCUCUUAGCAGAGAGGACUGCUGUAGUAAUUAUUUUUUUUAUCCAUUCCACCUUAUCUUGUUACUGGAGCGAUCAAAUUACUAUGAGACUGUGUCAAAUGUUCGACAAA